AUGUUCGACCUCACCUUCACCGGGCCGAAAGAGCAGCUCCAAGACUUAACUUUUGAGCGCAUUGCCAAUGAACUCACAAGGAUGAUCUGCGCCACCCUCCUCGACUACAUUCUCCUUCAGCUGUCCGUCUACCACAUCUUACAGAGCUUCGGCCUCCUCGCUCCCAAGACGACCUACGGCAUCGACAUCUACACCCUCUGCGGCGGCGCUCUCGACCUCGCGUUCCAAGUGCUGCUUCUGCAGAGCCUCCGCGCUCUCGCAUUCACCUUGAUCUCCGACAACAAAGACGCCAAGACUACCACUCCCCGCCCCGCUUUCACGUCCUUCAUCCGAAAGAAUGCUUCCAACUAUGCGAUCUGGGCAGUCAUGCUGGCGUACGGAACGAAGGUCGUGCAGCGUCGUCAAGCUGGAUUGCCGCCACCGACAGUCGACGCCUUCCCGGAGUUCGACUGGUUGAUGAGCGAGGCAGUCCCGUUCCUGCGUGGACUUCAUGUCAGCCUGACGUCGCAGUGGAUCCUCGGAAGGGUGCUUGGGUGGGACUGA